AAAUCUAGUCCUCGCCGGUUUGGGCUUUGGACCAGUCCAGGAUAAGCCUCGACCCACCGCGAGGGUGACCGCUACCGAAAGAGGGCGAAACCCAGAACCCUCGCUCUUGAGUCCAAAUGCAGGCCCUGCUACUGCCGUCGUCGUCGCCGCUGCAGGCCGACGCGGUUCGCUGCAGCGGAGCUCCGCCUCGCUCUCGUUAUCCGCGAACCCUAACCCUACCCUUCCCUCAAAAACCCCCUUCUCUGCUCCCAAGAUCUCCCCUUCAAUCUUCUCCCUUCUCAUUCGGCGGAGAAAUCUCGAGAAUCGCGGAGAACCGCAGGAGGAGUGAUGGAGUCGUUGCCUCGGCAGCUUCUGCUGGCUUCGCCUCGCCGAGCGAUGAGUCUGACAAGGAGAAGCUCGCGCAGGUGGCGAAGAGAUUAGAGAGUACCUCUAGAUCCUUUAAGCGGUUGGGUAGUCUAGGAUUCUGGGGACAGCUAGUGUGUACCAUUGUGGCUGCCGUCAUUCUAUCAUUCUCUGUUGUUAUUACGGGGAAGAUCACAUCACCAGCAACAUUCUAUGCCACUGCUGGUGGCAUUGCUGCAGCGUUUGUAUCUACCUUUUGGUCCUUUGGCUAUAUCCGUCUAUCAGAGAGGCUCCGAAGAACAGCUAAUGAUCCUGCAAAGGCUCCUCCACGUGCUGAAGUUGUUAAAAGUUUGAAAAAUGGGAUAGUGUUAAAUGUUCUUGGGAUGGGUGCUGCAAUCCUUGGCAUGCAAGCAACCGUUGGAUUAUUGGUUGCAAAAGCACUUACUACCUCAGCAGUUCCAUAUUACCAGGGGAUACCUCCUGGUCAGAGUCCUGUUUUAGCUCUAGAUGUGUUCUUGGUCCAGGCCUCAGCCAACACUAUCCUCUCACAUUUCUUGGGGCUUGUUUUCUCUCUGGAACUUCUUCGGUCGGUCACACUACCGAACGUGCAGGGUGUUCCUAUUCCCAAAGCAGCAUAGCCCCAUUCAAUUCUACCAUUGCGUUGUGUUUCAAGUUUCUUGAGUUUGUUUGUUUUCUUCUUUGUUCAAUGUAAGAAAUAAGAGUUUUGAGAAUUAAGAGGAUCCAUGAACAUUAUAUGUAUGUGACAGUUGUGUGAGUUCUUUCAGCCAGGAAGGGAAUAGGUGUGUGCGGUAUCGCUAAAAUUGCUUCUCCCCUGCUAUCCUAAUUUCUUUGGGGGAAACCAAAUAGGGUUUUCA